AUGUUCAGAAUAAAGCAGUUCAGGCUGGUUUCCACGCUUUUGCGUGGCAUUGGCGUCAGAACGCUUGCCUCGGUUUCUAGAACGCAAACACUUGUUCCACCACCAUUUACCAGAGCUACAAUCUUUGGCAGCAUAGACGUUGUUCAGCUUCCGCAUAAUCGAGUUCCGUAUGGUCUCCUACAAACUGUUACACACGAGUUGCCCCAGGACGCCUGGGAGCAGCAAGCACAGGAGGAUAGCUCUGUCACGGACAAUACCGUGUUUUUGGACUCAACAAAGAGAAAGAGAAAGCUCAAGAUGAAGAAGCAUAAGUUGAGGAAGAGACGGAGAGCGGCCAGAUCUUUGUUGAAGAGGUUGGGCAAAGUAAAGGACUAA